AUGGCUCCCCUCAUCGUCGACAUCCACACGCACGUCUAUCCGCCAGCGUACAUGGAAAUGCUUCGGGGUCGCAAAACCGUCCCGUACGUGCAUGACCCCGCCGACAAGUCGACGCCUCGCCUCAUCAUUCUCUCCUCAGAUGACGACCCGUCGAUCCCCCUCGACCAGCGCGGUCGCCCCGUCGACUCAUCCUACUACGACAUCGACGUGAAGCUGGCCUUCAUGCGUCGCCACGGCAUCAACUGCAGCGUGAUCUCUCUCGCGAACCCAUGGCUGGACUUUCUCGCUCCAGACGAAGCCCAGACAUGGGCGGAGCGCAUCAACGAUGACAUCGAAGCCACCUGCGCGCGCGUGAACCAAGCCACCGACCCAGACAACACCCGCACCCUGCACGACAAGGAAACGCUCUUCGCCUUCGGCGCGCUGCCCCUCAGCGCGCCCUCCCCCGACAUCGUCGUCAACGAGAUCAAGCGCCUCAAGACCUUGCCGCAUCUCCGCGGUGUAAUCAUGGGGACCUCCGGGCUCGGCGCGGGGCUGGACGAUCCCCGUCUGGACCCCAUCUGGGGAGCGCUGGAGGAGACGGAGUCGCUCUUGUUUCUUCAUCCGCAUUACGGGCUCCCCGAUGAAGCCUUUGGGGGGCCGGAGGCCAUGAAUCGCUACGGUCAUGUUCUCCCCUUGGCGCUGGGGUUUCCGCUCGAGACAACUAUUGCUGUCACCCGGAUGCUACUGGCGGGCGUGUUCGAUCGCUUUCCCCGGUUGAAGAUUCUCCUGGCACAUUCCGGAGGAACCCUCCCUUUUCUUGCGGGUCGCAUCGAGAGCUGUAUCCACCACGAGCGAAAAUUCGUCGCGAACGGCGGUGAUGUCCCCGGUCCGCAGCGAAGUGUGUGGGAGGUGUUGAAGACGAAUAUUUACCUGGACGCAGUGGUCUAUGGCACGGCGGGGUUGAAUGCUGCGAUGACGGCGUCGGGAGCCGAUCGACUUCUCUUCGGCACUGAUCAUCCUUUCUUUCCGCCGCUGGAUGGAAAAGAAGGAGACGAGUGGCCGAGCGUGACGACUAACUACAAAGCGAUUAACGAUGCUUUUAAUACGGAGGAUGAGAGUGUGGCGGCUGUAUUGGGAGGGAACGCAGCGCGGAUCUUGAACUUGAAAUGA